CAAAGACCCCCACCCGGCCCGGCCCUUGCCCACUCCCAGGCUCCCAGGACGGUCACACACUUGGCCUCUGUGGUGCUCUGUGGCCUGGCUGGGGGAUGGGGCUAUGCACAAUCUGAGGACACACUGGAAUAUUCAGUGCGUGCUCCCUGGACGCAGACCCAGCUGGAGAAGCAGCCUACCCCACAAAGGACCCCUGAGGAAUGAAGCCGCUUUUCAGGUUCAGAGGCGCUGUGGGCUCUCCUUAAAUAGUCAAGCCUCCCUCCGACGGCUGCAAGGAGUCCACCUGGAACGCCAUUCACUGUCCACCCACAGCUGACCUGCUUCCCGUCCUCUCCCUCCCGCGUCCUCUGCAACAGCUCUGUUCCCGUUCUGCCUUUAACCUACACCAUGAGCGGCCUGGAGGCAGCCCUGCCGAGUCUGACUGACAACUCCUCCCUGGCUUACUCUGAGCAGUGUGGACAGGAGACAGCCCUAGAGAACGUGAUCUUUGCUUGCUUCUACCUUCUGGAUUUCAUCCUGGCUUUUGUGGGCAACUCUCUGGCCCUCUGGCUCUUCAUAUGGGACCAGAAGUCAGGCACCCCGGCCAACGUGUUCCUGAUGCACCUGGCUGUGGCAGACUUGUCCUGUGUGCUGGUCCUGCCUACCCGGCUGGUUUACCACUUCUCUGGCAAUCACUGGCCGUUCGGGGAAAUCCCGUGCCGACUCACCGGCUUCCUCUUCUACCUCAACAUGUACGCCAGCAUCUACUUCCUCACCUGCAUCAGCGCUGACCGCUUCCUGGCCAUCGUGCACCCCGUCAAGUCCCUCAAGCUCCGAAGACCUCUCUAUGCCCACCUGGCCUGUGCCUUCCUGUGGGUGGUGGUGGCUGUGGCUAUGGCCCCGCUGCUGGUCAGCCCGCAGACUGUGCAGACCAACCACAGCGUUGUCUGCCUGCAGCUGUACCGGGAGAAGGCCUCCCACCAUGCCCUGGCGUCUCUGGCCGUGGCUUUCACCUUCCCGUUCGUCACCACAGUCACCUGCUACCUGCUGAUCAUCCGCAGCCUGCGCCAGGGUCCCCGGAUGGAGAAGCAGCUCAAGAGCAAAGCCGUGCGCAUGAUCGCCAUCGUCCUGGCCAUCUUCCUCGUCUGCUUCGUGCCCUACCACGUCCACCGCUCGGUCUAUGUGCUUCACUACCGCGGAGGCGGGACCUCGUGCGCCGCUCAGCGCGCCCUGGCCCUCGGCAACCGCAUCACCUCGUGUCUCACCAGCCUCAACGGCGCCCUGGACCCUGUAAUGUACUUUUUCGUGGCUGAGAAGUUCCGCCACGCCCUGCGCAACCUGCUCUGCAGCAAACGGCUCGCGGGCCCACCUCCCAGCUUUGAAGGGAAAACCAAUGAGAGCUCCCUAAGCGCCCGAUCCGAGCUGUGAGCCUUGAGCUGCGAACCUCAAGCGGGCCCUGUCACCAGGCCAGCUGUGAGGACCAGCUAUCCCAGUGGCGCACAGGCUACCAGAGCCAGCUAAAGAAGUCUCUCUAACCCCUCGCCACUUCCCCAGGAAACAAACUGAAAUGUCAGCACUUCUCACCCCGCUCCAAGGUCUUAACGGCAAGGCCAUCCAGUCUGAAACUCCAUCAAGAGGGAGCGCUAACUACAGGGUGCCCUGCCCACCCCUCCACGGGGGCUGGGUUGGCCUGCCUUAUUUACAGCAGCUCCCAGACACUCAGUGACUUCACUGGUGCUAAAUGGGGAAGAGAGCCACAGGGACAUUUCUGGAACAAUGGGAACCUUUCUUCCCCACCAAACGACCCUCGUCUUUCAUACCACAGAUGCCCACAGCAACAAAGCCCUACAGAGGAACCCAGAGAGCAAGCUGCCCGGGACCCAGAAAAAAAAGAGACAGCACACAUCUCAUUGGAACUAGAGAGGUGUCUAAUACUUCCUUUGAAGUGCAUGGUAUGCCAGCUUCGAGAGACUAUCUCUUUCGGAAUUUAGGGGACACAGACUCUAUGACAGCCACACAUGAGCACAUUUCAGACUGGUUGCAUGUGAGCCCAGCAACCACAGCUCUGGACUCUCCUGCUGUAACCACACCUGCCUCUCCCCUGCCAAUGUCUAGAGUUUCUCAGUAGAAAGAGGCCUGGUCAGGCACACGGCAUAGAUGGACAGACAUUAGAGUCUGCUGAGGCAGGGAGUCAGGUGUGCAAACCUGUCUACAGCUCACUCAAGGGGCAUCCCCACUUCCUCCAGAGGCUUCUGCCAACCUCAGCUGCCUGGCUUUGAACUGUUGGACUUGUCAGCGUGUCUUGACCAAACUAAUGUAUCCAUUUUUUUCUACUUGUUUGUAACUACUCUUAAACAUAAUCAAGACUUAAAGUGAAGGAAAUUUUUUGUGCUACUUCAACAUGAUACAUGAUGCCCCCCCCUGAAAUUCUCUUCCCUUCCACCCAAGAAUGACCAAGGAAGGCAAUGCCCCUCCCUUAUUAUUGGUUCCAGUGGCCCCCUGCAUCAUGGAGUUCCAGGCUGUUCUAGACUAGAAGGGCUCUCAAGCGUGACCCUCCAACCGCACCCUGCCCAUCAAUGGAGAAACCCUAUAUUCGUCUGUUAUAUUUUAUCUUCCAAAGCACGGGGUAGUGGCCCGUUCAUGACUCAUCUCAGAAACCGCACGGCCCAGACUGAUGGCCCUGAUGCUUCUCACCAGUACAGGUCUGUCCACCCUCAUGGUCCCUCACCAAGACAGGCUGCUGACCGCAAGACGGUGCCUUUCAGAUGCCAGGGCCAGAGCGAGGUCAUGUGCCUCCCCCAGCAGCAUAGCAAAGCAGUAAGAUCAUUGCAGGCUGGGGCAAAAGUGACAGAGGGGCUUUGACAGAGAGCCAAGUACCCAGACAGGAAGGACAGUCUCCUGGGACGCUGGAGGGUUUCUGGAAGGCAGCAAUGCCUUUUCUGGAUCAGGAGAUGCAGAAGCAGUCUUGGGUCAGAGGGGGAGAAACUUGAAGCUCUCUUUGGGACCUGCUGUGUUGGAAUCUCAAACGAAGAUGCCACACAGGCAGGGGAAACUGAGCAAAGGGGAGAUGUGAAGGAGGCCCCUGUAUUGUUCCGAUGCACCAUGGAGAGUCUCAAGACUUGUCUUCAAGGGCAGGUAUGAGCCCGGACCCAGAGAGCACCUCUGGGCACCUCUGGAGGGAGCCGGCAUGGAACAGAGGCCUCAGUGGGAGAGGAGGUGGCUUAGUCAAGCUGUGAGACCACUGGAGGCCAGGGAGAGGACCUAGUGACAUCCAAGCUUGACCUGAGAUGUAGGGGUCAACGGCUAUGCUCAGAAGGACUUCAGGGCACAAAGGUGUUACUGGGAGCUCGCCCAGAGUUUUCCCACGCGGGUGGGAGAUGAGGUCAUGGCUGCAGGGGAGGUGUAGAACCCACAGUGAGGGCUGGAGAGAUGGCUCAGAGGUUAAGGGCACUGACUGCUCUUCCAGUCCUGAGUUCAAUUCCCAGCAACCACAUGGUGGCUCACAACCAUCUGUAAUGAGAUCUUGUGCCCUCUUCUGGCUUUACAGGGACAUAUGCAGGCAGAACACUGUAUAUAGUUAAUAAAUAAAUCUUUAAAAAAAAAAAAGAACCCACAGUGAGGGAGGCAGGGGUGAGAAGAGAGGAAGAAGCUUCCUGGACGAGGGAACUACCCGAGUACCAAUGGGGUUUACAGUUCUGAAUCUAGGGUGAAUUGGGCAGCCUGGCUAAGGGGUGUCUAUCCAGCAUUCUCCAGCCGCGUGUGUACGGGGAGGAAGACAUCUGGGGUCAGCCUGGUACAGCGGCAGCAGGUAGGGUGUCAGGGGUAAUAGGGAUUCUCCAGCUUAAAACUCCUCACCCAUCCAUCGCCACUCAAGGCCCUCCAUGCCUGCUGUUCCCAAAGAGGCAUCUCCUGCCCAGAGGAAGCCCUGUCUGUCCUCACUCUCCUACCUCCACCCUUACCCACACCUGGAGACUGUGCUCCCCGUCUAGCAGGGGUGGAACAAGGACGCUGCAGCAGAUCCUGGAAGGUGCGUCACGGGACCGUGGCACUUAGAGGGGGGACAAGAGACGAGCCUCUCUGUCCGCAGCUGCAGCUGCCUCACCUGCCCGCAUUCCUCACAAAGCCCAGGUCAGCCAGCUCCACAUCACACAGCUCACAGCGGAAGCAGCCUGGGUGCCAGCUGGAGUUCAUGGCCUUGAUCACACGUCCAAUGACAAACUCACCUAGAAGAGGAGCGAGCUCGUCUGUCGGUCACAGCAUGCCCCACCCUUCAGUGCCUCCCAAGUCCUGUGUGGCCUGGGGCUCCUCCCAGCUCAGCCUAGCCCAAGCACCCCCCUUCUAGGAACCUGAAGAGCGAUGCUCAGGAAGGCGGAGUGAGGAAGGACCCCCAGGCUAAGCAGUGUGCCAGUGCCGCCUGUCCCCUGCUGGUCCCCUCCCCGCUUCCCAGGUCACCAGCUCUUACCGCAGAAUCCGCAGCACGGAGCAAACAGCAUUUGGAAGUCAUGUUCGCAGUACUUCCGGCCCUCAAACUGCAAAUGGGGCCACAGACAAAAGACAAGCAAGUCAUGCAUCAUCGCCACAGCCUUGCCCCUAAUAAAUAACGGGGGUCUGGGGUCUGGAGAAGAGAGCCUUCUAAAGCUCGCUGGAGCAGGGGACGAGCCCAUGCAGCUUGUCAGAGCACCAAGUGAGGGUUUCACGGAGAUGCUGAGGGCCCGAGGCUGGCUCCUGGGGAUUCUGCUGUCUGCUGAGGACCCUGGCAGGGGGCCAAGCUGAGGUGGGAGACGGGCAGAGGAAGAAGAGGUCACAUCCGAGUCACUCGUGCCCCUUUGUCCCCCACCUCUGGCAGUGUCCCCAGAGCCGACGGAAGGACCCACGGGGGAGAGGGAGAAAGGGCAAGGCGGGCCUUGGGGAAUCGGACUAAGACAAGCACCCGAGUGCUGCCGUCAGUCACAGUCACGCAUUGUCCCCAAGCAUGACCGAAGUUUGCCUCUGCCUUCCUCUCCCUUAACAGUUUGCCUCUUUAAAAAGAAGAAAAUCUGGGGCUAGGGAUGUAGCUCGGUUUGUGGAGUACUUGUGUAACGCGUAGGCAGCCCUCGUUUCGGUCCCAGGCUGGCUUGAACAGGCUGUGGUAGCGCACUUGGGAGUUGGAGGCAGGAGGGAGCAGAGGCUCAACGCCAUCCUCCAUAACUCCCUUCUCCUAAAGCUACAUGUAGCUCUCCCCGGUGAGCCAGAGAGGCCACCGAGGCUUGACCUUCCUGAGCAGCGGUAUCAAACACCCACUCUGUGCUGUGCUUGGUUCCGGUCUAGCCCCCCCCCCCCGCAGAGCUCUCCCCGGUGCUCUGCAGCCAGCCAGCAUCUCUUGGGAUGCCUGGAGAGCAACAAGAGAUCCUCAUCUGACAAGUGAGACACAUCAGCCAACCAACGAUGACAUCAGCCCCUCCCUCCCCCAGAGAGGAUGGUCCGGUCCCCUCCAAGCUCUGGUGCUCCCUUCAUGCUGCAGCCCGGUGGAGCGCAGCCAGGGUGAAACCAGGCAGCAGGGGCCCUGACUUUGGGUCUGCCAGAUGCUGUGGUGUAAAUCUUACUGCCAGAUUGGUACCAUGCUGAUGUCACACCACACGGACUGAAAUAACCUCAGACACAUAAAUGAUGCGAAACUCUAAUGAAAUAAUGGGAAGUAGGACAUUUUAAGUAUCUUUUGUAUCAUAAGUAUCUAUGUUAUCUUCAUUUUUAAUAAAGUACUAUACACUAUA